AUGUCUGAUCAAGACAGUAAUCAGAGCAAAUACAGUAAACUGCGAAGUGUCUACAAGUAUUUCAUUGAUUCGUACGAUGCGUUAUAUCAGCUAAAAACAGAAAAAGAAGAAGAAUUAAACUCAAUUUACAAAAUGAUCAAAACGAAUUUGAUUGAUUCAAAGAAAUGUCUUCCACAAAUUAUAAUAAAAGAUAUUUUGGAUAUCAUUCGGUAUAAUAAUCGCUAUACAAAGUCAUAUUUAUCUCUUGCCAAACUCAUAUCAGAUGAUUAUCAAGUCAAAGAGAUCAACAAUGUUGAAUAUGUUUCAAACUUUUUGUUUUACAAAGAGUAUGGCAUGA